AUGUUGGCAGUUUGCGGUCGACGGAGGUCAUUAUGGACUAUGUGUGUGCUUAGUGUGUAUACCGCAGUACCGGCGGUUGAGUCAGGGACUCGGUCAGAAAGGGAACUCAAUGGCGACGGUUGGAUGUGGUCAAGUGUCUCAAACGAAAACUAUGAGUCGUAUUGGAUAAGUCGGUUUUGGGUGCCUUUGGACGAGACCGGAUUCGAACUAUUGAAACCUCAAGUCUCAGGCAGAGCAUACCUUCGUCGGAAGGCUUGGGUCAGCAAAGGGGCUGCUUUCGUUUCUGCGCUCCUGAACUCAGGAGGACCGUCCCAGCCGUGGUCAAUGACGAAAGAACAGAUGCGUCCUUAUUACAUUCCAGUUCUAACCAGGAGACAACGACCUGAUACGGCCAGAAUAAUGCAAACUGAUUUCCAAGCGCACCAGUUAUUGCAUCGAUCCAUGCCCCCACAUGCUUGGAUGAGGCUCAUAACUAUACGACCAAAAAACUUCGAGAUGUGUGCACUUGCAUAUGUGGAACUUGGCGCAAUUAUUUCCAAGUAUUUCAAAUGCCCUUAUGGCCUUGUAGAUCUGGAAAUUAACCGGGAAAUCGAGAAGAUGAUGCCCUCGAGCAACAUGGGAUGUAUCGGAAAACGACGGCGUUUGUGGACCGUGGGAUGUCUUUUGCAACACGCUCAGGCGUCUAUCACUCGGCUUAUGGAAUUUUGCCUUAACGAUUUGGGGUAUAACCCUUCUUGGCCCUAUGGUACUCCCGGAUAUGAAUGUCUCCGAGACAGUUGGCAAAGACCUGCAUCCGAAAAAAAUCCUCAGUUACGAUCAUCUUUAUUGAACAAGUUCUUGUCAGAAUUGCCGGAGAUAUCGGCACGAGAAUUCGCUGAACUAACUCGAGAACAACUCAUGCAGCUAAUAUCUAAGAAAGCAACUGUCGGAACACUGAUCGAUAAACCAUUCGAUCAAGGGGAUUGGAACCAGGUUUCCGUGGGACGUGUUCUCUCAGAAGCAGAACGAUUUAGCCAUGAAGCUAGGGGGCAGGCGGGACCUCAUAGGGCCCCUGCAGUGGAUCCAGUGCGGGAUAAUGAACGGCCUGUGGCGAGGCCACCACAGACAUGCGUAACGUCGAGGGUAUCGGUAGUUCCUGAAGCUACACACGGUCGGGGAGGGAUCGACGGUCGGGGAAGGAUCGACGGUCGAGGAGGGAUCGACGGUCGAAAUGGGAUCGACGGUCGAAAGGGGAUCGACGGUCGAAAGGGGAUCGACGAAAGGGUCAUUUCGAGAAAGCGAACGACUCGGGAGAGGCACUCGGUGGUGACGAAGAAAAAGGCGACUAAAGGGGAAGCGACCUUGGACGGAGCUCACCACGGUGUGCUCAGACAGGCGGCGGUGGACGUACCAACGCCGGUGGCUGACAGUAUACUAGCUUCGAGUUGCUUGAUACGCCAUUAUGAUCAAAUGGUUGGGCAUGAUCAAAUGGGUGGGCAAUGCACCAAUGCAACGAGUCAACUGUGGAAUGAUGUGCCAACAAUUCAGCAGCUGGAACGGGUCCUGAACGACGGUUCAGGAUCUACAGUGAGUGACAGUUUCGUCCAUUCGUUUGUGGAGAGAGCGUGGCAAGAAUACGGACCGCUUUUAGCACGUUCACUGGACCGCUUAUUUGAUGAACAGGAGUCCGUGGGGUAA